AUGCCAAUCUUCGAAGCACCAGCAGUUCGUGUUCAGAGCUCUCUCAUCACCCUUGCAACAUAUUUCAUCCAGCAUGCCUACCUUAAGCCAAUUAUUGACUUUCACACUUCUGAGGCCAGCUUUAUCCCUCUUGACCAUCCAACAACAGCACUUUACAUCAGGAGAGACAACGGCAAAAAACAGACUUUGGUCAACGUCUUUGAUCAGGAUGGAAACAAAGCUUUUACCAUCGAGCGUGAAUCUUCCUUGAGCCCAGUUUGGAGUUUAUUCCGGUAUCCAAACAGACAAGAAGUUGCUACUAUCAGAGCAGGAUUUUUCUUAACAGCGGUUGAUUUCCAUGGUAGAGGUGUUGGAAUGCAGCAUCGUAAAAUUAACUCAGAGUCGGGGCUCACUGUGGGAAGGCUGAGAACUUUCUACUUGGAUGAUGGUGUCAAAUACGCUUGGACUAGAGGUACAAAAUACUUGGAAAGAUUCAUUAAUCCUGGAGGAGCAGAUGAAGAAGUGAGAGAAAGAGUCGCCAAGGUUAGGUUGAUGAGACAGUGGAAAUUUGACUAUGAGAUGAUUAUUGAUGAAAGUAAGACAGAUGUUGUUCCGGCUCUUGCAACUGGUUUCGUUUGUAUGAUGACAUUCUGGGGUGUUGGUGAUAUCACUGAAACGGUUGGUCCGACUAAGCUUGCACCUAAAGAGGAGGAAAAUGUGGAAAACCAAGAAAAGGAAACUGCUGAAGAAACUACAGCUGAAAAGAAUGAAAAAUCUCAAAUCCCAAAUUUAACUUUGGUGGUGGAUUCUAACAAUGAUGCCGAUCUUAUUGUUGAAAAGGUAUAA